AUGACAUUGAGAAUCUCUGAUUUUGAAUAAAGUCCGAACUGAAUUCGGCGAGGUCACCGAGUUCCGACUAAAAUCUGCAGGUGCACACCGGGAGAUGGUAAAGUUCGAAUCGUUGCCGGAUCGUACGAGAUGUUCGAGGCUCGAGGGCCAGGGGCAGUUCUAAACCGUAAUUUUACGAGGCAUCAUAAUUCCAGCCAUCUCCUUUUGGCACGUUCCCAAGAACCGCCGCGCCGGCUAGAUGCUCGCGAGGAUAAACCGGCUGAUGCCCGAGGUUCGCGCUCCUCCUUUUCGAACAGGACCUAUCCCCCGCUCGAAAUCGAGUAAUUGGACACCGAAGUCGAGCCGUGUAAUGAAGAGAUUACGCAGGUCGUCGGUGCUUCUUAUACUCGUCAUAGGAUUGUGUCUCCGCGAAUCUUUCGCGAAACACCAUCAUGUGAAGUUGAGACACGAGAGACACCGUAGACAGCAUGGGGAGGGUUACUCGCCCAGCAGCUUCGUGCUGGACUCGGACGAGCCCGAAAGAGGCACUUGGGGCCCGUGGUCAUCGCCUAGUUCCUGCUCCAGGACCUGCGGCGGUGGCGUUGCCCAUCAAUCCAGGCACUGCCUCGACGUAGAUGAAAACGGAUACGACAGGUGCACCGGUGCAUCGAGACGAUUCUUCUCUUGCAACAUCCAGGAAUGUCCAGGAGAGCCGAAGGACUUUCGAGCAGAGCAGUGCGCCGAAUUCAACAGCGUGCCGUUCGAGGGGAUCUACUAUGAUUGGAUACCGUACACCGGCGGGCCGAACAAGUGCGAAUUGAAUUGCAGACCGCGAGGCGAGCACUUCUUCUACAGACACAGGCAGACGGUGACAGACGGGACGGUAUGCGAGGCCGAGAAAAACGACGUUUGCGUCGGUGGCAAGUGCAUGCACGUCGGCUGCGACAUGAUGCUAGGAAGCGACGUGAAGGAGGAUUCUUGCAGAGAGUGUGGCGGCGACGGAUCCAACUGCAACACCGUUUCCGGUUUCUUCGACACUGACGAUCUCCAAGCUGGAUACGUCGACAUUUUAUUAAUACCUCAAGGAGCGACGAAUAUCGCUGUGAAGGAGAUCGACCCAUCGAACAAUUAUCUGGCCAUUAGAAACACUUCGGGCCACUAUUACCUAAAUGGAAACUGGAGGAUAGAUUUUCCGCGGAGCCUGAAAUUCGCUGGUACCAUAUUCCAUUAUUCGCGAGAUCCGCAGGGUUUCUCGGCACCCGAUAUCAUUACCGCCUUGGGACCGACGAGCGAGCCAAUUUACGUGGUGUUAUUGUAUCAAGAUCAUAACGUCGGGGUGCGAUACGAGUACAGCGUGCCUAAGAGGAUCUCGCAGCAGACCGAUCCGGAUAGCUACGCGUGGAUCACCGACGAGUUUUCAGUCUGUAGCGCGACUUGUGGCGGAGGUUAUCAGUCGAGGCGAGUGGCCUGCGUUCGAAGGAGAGACAGUCAGCCAGUGGACGAGAGCCUGUGCGACCCGCAAAUGGAACCAGCCGACACGGAGUCCUGUAACAUGGAACCCUGUCCACCCGCGUGGGUGGAGGGCGAAUGGGGACCCUGUAGCAAGCAUUGCGGCGAAGGAGGCGUGCAGAACAGGGUGAUCAAGUGCGCCCAGGUCAUCUCUGGUGGGAUCCCCACGGUGGUGGUCGACGACCAGUGUUUGGAGAAGCUGGGACCGAAAGGGCCGACCAGCCGGGAGUGUAACAAGGACGUCGACUGUCCACAGUUCCACGUAGGCCCGUGGAAACCGUGUGACCAUCUAUGUGGUCCGGGCAAGCAAGUAAGGAAAGUGACGUGUUACAAGAAAGUAGACGGUAAGAUCGAAGUGUUGGAAGACCAAGCUUGCGAAGAAGAGGUCCCCGAGCGUGAGAAACCCUGCAAUCUGAGGCCUUGCGCCGGCCUCGACUGGCUCACGUCAGAUUGGAGCGGUUGCGAUGACAAAUGUGGAUUGUCGCAAGAGACUAGAAGCACUCAGUGCGCUACUCAGGAUGGAACCGUUUAUUCGGAUGAAAUGUGCGACGAGGCGAAGAAACCGAAUUUAACGAGGAGUUGCGAGAGUACGAAAGAGUGCGAGUCCGUGUGGUUCGCCUCUCAGUGGAGCGAUUGUUCGGCGAAGUGUGGAUCGGGCGUGCAAACGCGUAAAGUGUUUUGCGGCACGUUCGACGACGAAGUGGUAAAGAAAGUAUCUGAUGAGAAAUGCGACGCGAGCAAGAAAUUCAACGACACGAAGGACUGCACCGCCGAGGAAGAGUGCAAAGGUGAAUGGUUCGCCGGUCCAUGGAGCAAGUGCUCGAAACCGUGCGGCGGCGGCAUGAUGCAGCGCAAGGUAAUUUGCAUGAAGGACAACGCGACGGCCCCGUCGAGCAACUGCGGCUCAAACAUGAUCAUAUUUUCCACGGAAAACUGUAACAACCAGCCGUGCGAGGAAGACGAGGUGAUACCGAUGCAGCCAGAGAAGAUCAAAGACCUCGCCGAAGAGGACGAGGACGAGGAGUGCGAGGUAUACGAGGACGAAGACGAAGGUUUCGUUAGCGUCUCUUCGAGCCUAGACUCUACUGACAAAUCCGAUGAAACCGAUGCCGACAUUACGGAAGCGACUCCUAUGAGUUCUCCGGAUACGAACGAGUCGAGCGUGAGCGACAUGGAAGACGUGAUGCUCGGCGACGCCGGAUACACGAGGGGCGACAUAUCGCCCGGUGAGACUGGAAGCGGCGAGGGAAGCGGAACAGACUUCACCGAUUUCCUCACCGAGUUCGACACGACGAUCGAAGGCAGUGGAACCAGCGAGACUACGGAGGAUACAACGUUGACAGGAAUCACGGAGACCGACGUCACAGAGGAGACCGUCGAAGGGUUCACUGAAGAUAUCACGGAAGAGACUCUGCCAUCGGGUGAAACGGAGGCGACGGAGACGACGGAGUCUGGCGCAACCGAGGAGACGACGACUGGCGAAACGUCCGAGAUCGCGACGACAGAGUCUGGAGCGACCGAAGUAACGGAGUCCACAGAAACUGAAGCGACAGGCUCGACGGAGACCACGGAAUCUGGCCCAACUUCAGAAACCGAGAGUACGGUCACUGAACAAACAAAAGUGACUUCCACGCAAGAAUCUGAAGCGACAGAAUCCACGAUCUCUCCAGAAACUACGGAGUCUGGCGCUACCGAAGGAACCACUGAGUCAGGACCCACGGAGACGACAGAAUCGGGUGCGACAGAGACUACGGAAUCCGGUGCGAUGACAGAAUCCGGUGCGACGACAGAAUCCGGUGCGACGACAGAAUCCGGAGCGACGACAGAAUCCGGAGCGACGACAGAGUCCGGAGCGACAACGGAGUCCGGUGCUACGACGGAGUCGGGGCCAACGGAAGUUACCGAAUCGACAGAGUCUGGAGCAACUACCGAAACUACAGAAUCCGGUCUCACAGAGACCACCGAAUCCGGUCUCACAGAGACCACCGAAUCCGGCAUGACGACCGAGUCCGGCAUGACGACCGAAUCGGGUGAAACUACCGAGUCUGGUGCUACCAUGGAAUCCGGAGAGACCACGGAAUCUGGCGAGACUACCGUUUCGGGAAUGACCGAGUCGACCGUCUCUGGUUUAACAACGUCGAGCGAAGAAGAGACAGAUUACACUGAGAGAACUCAUAUAUCUGAAAUCUGGACGACGAUCGGUCCGGAGGAGACGACACGUAAGCACCGCGUGUGUAAAGUGCCUAAGAAGAAGAAGACUUGCAAGACCGCUCCGUUUGGCUGCUGCUACGAUGGAGUCACACCAGCGGAAGGACCGUUUGGUCAAGGAUGUCCGACUCCCCAAACCUGCAACGACACCAAGUACGGCUGCUGUCCAGACGGAGUAUCACCGGCCACGGGACCGAAAAAUCAAGGAUGUCCCGAUUCGCAUUGUGAGGAAACUUUGUUCGGCUGCUGCCCUGACGGGAUCACCGCUGCGGAAGGCAACGACUACGAAGGAUGCAAGAAACCUUGCAACGAAACAGAGUUCGGAUGCUGUCCUGACAACGAAACUCCUGCGAGUGGGAAAGAUAACAUGGGAUGCUGCAACGUUACCGAAUUCGGCUGCUGUCCCGAUGGGAUCGAGCCUGCCUCUGGACCGGAAGGGGAAGGAUGCGAGGAAGAAACCGUUAGCCCUGUCACUGAAGAAACGACUGUCGCACAGGAAGAUUGCGCGAACACUACCUACGGAUGCUGUCCGGACGGCGUUUCCACCGCUACUGGUACGAACUUCGACGGCUGUGGAGUCAUCAACAAAGAAAAUUGCACUUUGUCUUACUUCGGAUGCUGUCCCGAUAGUCCUUCGCCAGCUCUGGGACCCAAUAACUACGGUUGCCACAUGCCCUGCGAAAACACGACUUACGGCUGCUGCGACGAUGGUGUCACCCCAGCGCACGGUUCCAACGGAGAGGGUUGCUGUCUCUCGACGCCGUUCAAAUGCUGUCCAGACAACAUAUUACCUGCUCGGGGUCCGAACUUCUACGGCUGCGGAUGUCAGUACUCAAGGUUCGGCUGUUGCCCAGACAACAGCACGGCCGCUCGUGGAUCUAACAACGAGGGUUGCGGUUGCAAGUACACUCCUCAUGGUUGCUGCCCGAACCGGUUCACGCCAGCCACUGGCCCGAAUUAUGAAGGCUGUCCGUGCUAUACUUAUCAAUUUGGAUGCUGCUCCGACGGUGUCACCAUUGCCAAAGGACCACAUGGUCAAGGCUGCGGUUGUGAGAACACAGAGUUCAAGUGCUGUUCCGACGGACGGACACCGGCGAAGGGUCCGAACUUUGCCGGGUGCACUUGCGACGCGUCUAAGUACGGUUGCUGCCCCGAUGGAGUCGAGGAGGCUCAGGGCGAGAACUUCGAGGGUUGUCUCUCGGUGCCCUCGACGCCAGGAGCUGCGUGCGCGCUGGAAAGGGACAGAGGACCUUGCCGGGACUUCACGGUCAAGUGGUACUUCGACACGGAAUACGGUGGCUGCUCGCGAUUCUGGUACGGAGGCUGCGAGGGCAACGACAAUCGAUUCAAGACCCAAGAAGAGUGCAAAGAGGUCUGCGUGCAGCCCAAAGGAAAAGAUGCUUGCUUCCUGCCGAAGAUAUCUGGGCCCUGCGAGGGGUACUUCCCUACUUGGUAUUACGACACCGGUAGGAAACAGUGCGGGCAGUUCGUGUACGGAGGCUGCCUUGGGAACGCGAACAAAUUCAAGACCAGGGAAGAGUGCGAAGAGCUUUGCGUUACUCCCGAUGAUCUGGAUCCUUGCGAGCAACCGAAAGAGCCAGGACCUUGUGAAGGCAACUUCACCAGAUGGUUCUUCAACGCGGAGUCGCAGGCCUGCGAGCAAUUCCGGUACGGCGGAUGCAAAGGGACCGACAACAACUUCCCUACCGAGAUCGCCUGCCAUCAGCGAUGUUUGCAGCCAGGAAGGCGAGUAAACUUGACGGACGUGUGCCGCCUGGAGAAAGAUCCCGGCCCUUGUCCGGGCUCUCAGUUGCGCUGGUAUUAUGACGCCCGUCGUCAGACGUGUCGCCAAUUUGUUUACGGCGGUUGUAAAGGCAACGCGAAUAAAUUCCGUACGCUCGCUGCCUGCGAGCAGCGCUGCCCCGUAAAAGAGCAAGACACCUGUCUCUUGCCUGCGCUGUUGGGCGAGUGCCACAACUACACCCAACGAUGGUACUACGAUUCGUACGAGCAGCAGUGCAGACAAUUUUAUUACGGCGGCUGCGGUGGUAACGAGAACAACUUCGUCACCGAACAGGAUUGCCUUAACAGGUGUCAGACCACCGUCACCACUCCCGCGCCGCCGAGCGAGAUCGAAUUCAGACCCGAGCUCUGUUUCCUUCCGGACGCGCACGGCCCGUGCUCCGAUGAACAAGUCAAAUGGUUCUACGACAGCAGAGAGGGUGUCUGCAAGCAGUUUAGAUACGGUGGCUGCCAGAGUAAUGGCAACAACUUUAACAGUCGUGAAGAAUGCGAAUAUCGUUGCGGCGAAGUUCAAGAUCUGUGCACGCUGCCGAAGGUGAUCGGCCCCUGUAGCGGCUUCGUCAGGCAAUACUAUUACGAUUCUCGAACAGACUCCUGCCACGAGUUCGACUACAGCGGUUGCCAGGGCAACAAGAAUCUCUUCCAGGACAGAGAAUCUUGCGAGAGGAGAUGCCAGAAGCACGCGGUACCGACGCAGCCUGCUCAGAACGUCACGUUCACGACACCGCGAUCGGAGACCGCCUCGAAGAGUCCUAUUUGUUACGCGCCCGUGGACCCUGGAACGUGCAACGGCGACGUCACCGCUUAUUAUUACGAUGCGCAUAGUCAAUCGUGUCAGGCGUUCCUCUACGGUGGCUGCCAAGGAAACGCGAACAGAUUCCAGACCGAGGAACAGUGCGAGAGGCUCUGCGGCAAGUUCCACGGACAAGACACGUGCAAUCUGCCAGCGGAUCCCGGUGUUUGCAGAGGAUCUUUCCAAAAAUAUUACUACGAUUCGGCGAGCCGGACCUGCCGCGAAUUCUCAUACGGCGGCUGCGAGGGAAAUGCGAACCGAUUCAGUUCGAUGGCCGAGUGCGAAUCGAUUUGCAUUUAUCACGAGGAACCGGUACCGCCUGGAAACGACACUGGUCACACGAGCGUCUCGAUUUGCAAAGAACCGGUCGACAGCGGGUCUUGCACCUCCGGUUUUACCAAGCGAUUCUACUUCGACGAGGAACUGCAAACCUGUCGCGCGUUCAUUUACACGGGAUGCGGCGGCAAUCGUAAUCGAUUCAAGACCUUCGAAUCUUGCGUUAACACUUGCCUCAGCACUACCAACGAGAUCGACGUAGACUCUGGAAAGGACAAGGAAGACACUUGCGCGGAAGCUCGGGAAGAAUGCGACACGAUUCGAUGUCCUUACGGCAAGGAAGCUUUCGUGGAUACUCAGGAUUGCGAACGAUGCCGUUGCGUCGAUCCUUGUAGGACCCAGGUCUGCCCCGACGAUACCAAGUGUGCGAUCACUCUGGUCGCUACCAAGGAUGGCACCGAAUACAAAGGCGUCUGCAGAUCUGUCACGAAACCAGGCCGUUGCCCGAGCGUGUCGAACAGCACCAGAUGCGAGCACGAGUGUCUCACGGACGCGGAUUGCGCCGGAGAGAUGAAGUGUUGCGACAACGGCUGCGGGACUUCCUGCCUGGAGCCGGCGACCGAGGAGGUCCCGACUACUUCCCUGAGACCGUUCGUCACUUCACCACCGAUCGGAGCGGAACCGGCUGCCAUCAAGCAACCGGAGGAGCCGAAGGUCAGCGCUCAAGAGGGUUGCUACGUGACUCUGCGGUGCAUCGCUCUGGGAAAUCCGAAACCGGUUAUUACUUGGAGGAGAGGAACGACUUUGAUCGCACCUGCGGAGGCCCGACGUCGUAUAUUGACAGACGGUUCCCUACAGAUCAUCAACUUGGACAGAUACGACGGUGGUACUUACGUCUGCAUAGCUGACAACGGCCUAGGACCCCCGGUAAGAGUGGAGUACCAGUUGACGGUCACAGAACCGAAAGAGCUGCCCGCGGCGAUUAUAGGCGAGCCGAACAGUUACGUGACGGUCGCCAUGAACUCUCCUAUAUCUCUUCACUGCUACGCGUGGGGUUGGCCGAGGCCUUUCGUCACCUGGUGGCGAGGUGACCGCAUGUUGCCGUUAACCUCAGAGAUUUACGAACAGGACUCCGAAUACACUCUGCUGAUACGAUCGGUGACACUGCCGACGUUAGGCGUGUACACCUGCCAAGCGUUCAAUGCCAUCGGCAGGGCUGCUUCGUGGUCGAUCACCCUGCAAGCCGUUGGCCCGGUGUACAACGUCAAACCCGAGUACGAAAAAUACAUCCAGUACCUGGUCGAUCCUCCUAAAAAACCGGAGAAACCGCAAUACCCGUACAGACCUAAUAGAACUCAGACGCCUGACUAUCAUACGAACGCACCUUACAGCACUAGACAGACUCACAUCCCUACGGUCAGCCCGUUGACCACUACUUUGGAGUAUGGUUCGAGGUUCAGAGUGCCGGUCACGGCUAACAUAUCAAUAGGACAGAACCAGUUCCCCGAGGGUAGCGACAUCAGCAUCGCCUGCCACGUGGACGGCUACCCGAUCCCCAGAGUGUCGUGGUACAAGAACGACGAGCUGAUCCAUCCGGACAAUCGAAUUCAUAUUACCGAAGUGAACAGGCUUGAGAUCAGUGACGCGAACCGCGAUGAUUCCGGACAGUAUCGUUGCGAGGCCACUAACGAUUAUACGUCCGCUUCAGCUUUGGUCGACAUACAAGUCGCUGGAAUCUUCAUACACCCGAACUGCCAGGACAAUUCGUUCUUCGCGAAGUGCGACCUGAUCGUGAAGGCGAGAUACUGCACGCACAAAUAUUACGCGAAGUUCUGCUGUAGAUCUUGCACCGAGGCCGGCCAGUUGCCCUCGAGGGGACCUCACCUGAGCAGUUCCAGGAGAAGGCGAAGGUACAUCACGAAGCUGCUCCUCUAAGACUCGCCUCGUCGACGAGCCUGACGGGACGAAAGCGAACGACGAUCGCGGAUCAGGUGCGUGAAAAGCGAGUCUGUACGACGAAAGGUAAGAGAGAUCGACGAGCGUACUCUGUCUCGGGCGCGUGCCGAGUAUAAGCGUGAACGCGAACUCACUGCCAAAGCCUUCGAACGUCUAGAAAUAGAUAGUGUAGAUAAUUAAGCAGGCGCGAGACAUCCAAUUAUUUCUCGUCGAGUUCAUCUUUUCUUUUCUCUUUCACUCCGUCUGUGUUUAUGUAUAUAAAAUCUGACGUUGUGAUCCUAGUCGGUCCAAGCCAUGCUUCGUCUCCGAUUCACUGGAAUUCGCUCUGAUCACAAGAGAUACAACUGCAAGCGUAUAAAUCUGAAUUUGAAAUUGAUCAUCGAUCGCGACGAUCGAAAGCGUGGUCAGAGCGAAUUCUCGCGAUGGAUUCUACCGAUCGAAAGUCUGCUGGUACAAGUGAGCGACAGAGGUUCGCGUUAGAGAUCGAAAACGCGUCAGGGGAACGAGGAACGUCGCUGAAGAUUGUACUUCACGAAAAGGGAGACAGUGGAGGCGAGUAAGAGGAGACUUGUACCUAUUUGUAUGAAACAUAUACGCACGUUACGUUGUACAAUAUGAAUAGUUUAUUACGCAGUAUGCCAUUUAUAUCCUCUACGACACUGUUAUCACUUGCUUGUCGAUAUUAUUGCCAUGUAGCGAACGAUAGUCCUCGAACAACUACGAUACUCGAAGGUGCCACGUCGUGAGACGAUGAUCUUCGAUCAAGGAUCGAGCGAGAGUAUCCUUAGUUUCCCUCGUUUCGUAGGUCGCGCGAACAUAAAUUGUUUCUCUUAAAAAACGAAGGAUCGAUCACGAUGCGCACCUCCUUUCACCAUAUUAACGCGUUGCAUUUAUAUAUUUGUUCCUGAACAUUUUAAUCUUAAUGUUAACUACUUACUGUUACUGUGCUAAGCACACCGUAUCAUCUGUCGUGAAUCGUCGACGUUCGAGAUUAGAAGAUCGGCUGCUUCGACGACCGUCUUGCAUUUUUAUAAAAAAACAAAAUCAAAAUAGUUCAAGUGAUAAAAAUGGGAUUUAGCAAAAAUCAUUAGAGCGGAGGAUUUGGUAAUGAAGUUCGCCUUUUAAUUUCGAACGUCGCAGACGUAGUAGCUCGUAGCGUUAAUUCCGAACGGAAGGUACCAAAAGCAUUUAUAAUUAUACGUAUAUCGUACGGUAAGGAUAAGUUUUGAUCGACGAUGGAAAGAAUCCACGGAACCGUAGAAAACAUAGACGUUCUUCUUUGGUAACGAUUGUUUUCAGUCACAGUAAAAUGAGACAGUGCCUUAUUAGAAGCCCUUCGAAGAUCGGGGAAGGAGUGCUAAAUAGUACUUUUACACGGAACGUUAGUGUAAAUACGAGAGGGAACGUGCCCUUCGAACGUUUUUAGUCGGUAAACGUGUCUAGAUGAAUUCCUCCGAUUCAACGUUCCUUCGCGACAAGUGAUUCUUCAAAAAUGGUAGAGCGUCGACAAAAGGAAUUGACAAUCAUAGAACUGCUUCGGGAAAACAUAUCGAGAUCUUAUUGGUUCGUUACAAUUGUUUUUUAUUCGUUUAAAUCGGAGGAAUGGUAGCAGAAGGCGAAAGGACAUUGAGUACUCUUCUCCGUAUCCCUAGACGUGACCAAACCUUAGACAGAAUCGUAGUGAUCUAGCUGAUUUCUGUAGAGAAUGUAUAAAUAGUUUUAAACAGAUGUAUCCCACUGAUAGCAUAUCGGAAAGAAGAAAUCGAGUAGGAAGAGCGUAUCGUCUUUGCUAAACGGGAACGAGGAAAUGACGAAACGUUUCGGUAGAUUCUCUCUAUUCUAUAGCAAAUAAUUUAUAUUUCUACCGUGUGAUCAUUGAGCCUGUACAAUGAUCGCGCAUUUACUUAUACGUUGCACUCUUACGAACAUGUAUAUAACUCGUGUAUUGCGUACUGGAUCACAUGUACUCGUUUUAAUCAAACUCACUUACCACUGAAAGUUGAAUACUCGUCCCGAUUCGUCGAUGUUUCAAAUAAUUUUCACACGAAGAUAGUUUCGAUCACGAUCAAUUUCGCACGGAUGCUCAUAACGGCUAUGAUCGUCAUGACGUCGUAGUAGCAUAGAAAAAUGAUCGACAGAACUAUGGUAUUAGUUGAUAGUAGUUAGUCAAUUAUUUUGAACUGUAGCUUUGUGAACAUUUCAUUUUUACAUGACUCUCCGGUUUCUGUAAGAUGAUACACGGCAAAGUGGAACGUACCUCGCGCAGACAGAUAUUUUUAUUCGGGAUACUCUCGUCAGACAGAGUCUUCGAAAUCGUCGACGAAUCGGAACGAGCGGUCGCCGAUACGAGACCAACGGCGAUGGAUUCAAACGUAGCUGCGAGGAAACUGACUGACAAUGAGACGAAAUGAAAUUUGCCAAAAGCAGGAAGAAAUCAGUUUGCUCGCGUCUCCGGCGUUACUGUUCAAUAGGUGCGUAUAGCUCACCGCGACAGUACUAAAGAUGUUAAUGAGUGUAUACUCGUAAGUUAUAUCUUAGGUAACAAUUAAUAUUAAUAAUAAUAAUAAUUGUAUUAAUUAAUAUGAAGAUCACAUAAUUAUAUAUAAUAUGAAGGUAGACGUAAACGAAUGCCACACUAUACAAACAUUGUAUGGACAAUAAUAAUAUAUAAGAUCCUUAAAAUAUACGAUUAAACGAU